AUGGCUACUGCAAUUGCUCGCGUACGGUUCGCGGCCAAGCUGCCGGCUCCGGUUCGAUCCUUUAGCUCAACUCCGAGAGUUGCUUCUGCGACUGGAGGAGUCAAGCGAUUGGGUGUCAUUGGUGCUGGACAGAUGGGAUUGGGCAUCGCUCUCGUGGCCGCUCAAAGGGCACAGGUACCCGUAACACUUGUAGAUGCAUCCAAGCCAGCUCUCGACAAGGGCAUGGCAUUUGCUGAGAAACUUCUGGCAAAGGAUGUGUCCAAGUCUAGAAUUACCCAGGAACAAGCCGACCAGGCUCGCUCAUUGCUCUCUCCGGCCAACUCUAUUGAUCACCUCUCAGACGUCGACUUCGUCAUCGAGGCUGUUCCCGAGAUCCCUAACCUCAAAUUCGAAAUCUUCUCCAAGCUGGCUGAGGUCUGCCCCAAGCAUGCCAUUCUCGCCACGAACACUUCAUCAAUUUCCAUCACCCGCAUCGCGGCUUCCACGACUAAGGAUCCUACAGACACCUCGGCCAGCUCCCGUGUCGUCUCCACCCACUUCAUGAACCCCGUUCCUAUCCAGAAGGGCGUGGAAAUCAUCAGCGGCCUUCAGACCAGCCAGGAGACUUUGGACAAGGCCGUUGCUUUCUGCAAGGCCAUGGGCAAGGUCACUUCUGUCUCUGCCGACUCUCCGGGUUUCCUCGCCAACCGUAUUCUCAUGCCCUACAUCAACGAGGCUGUGAUCUGCUUGGAGACGAACGUCGGUGACAGAGAUUCUAUUGACGCCAUCAUGAAGAACGGUACCAACGUGCCGAUGGGUCCUCUUCAGCUUGCCGACUUCAUUGGUCUGGACACUUGUCUCGCCAUCAUGAAGGUGCUCUACGAGGAGACCGGCGACUCCAAGUACCGACCUAGCGUGCUCCUGCGCAAGAUGGUCGAUGCCGGCUGGCUCGGAAAGAAGAGUGGAAAGGGCUUCUACGAUUACUAG